GGAAUCGCUUUCUGUAUGUUUCCCGGUUCUGUUCCGGGCGUUUCUCCUUUAACGAGACAGUGGAGGGGCGUCUGGGUGGCUCAGUCAGGGAAGCGUGUGGGAUAUGGCGGGUCCGCAGCAGGCCUCUCCCCGCCCCCUCCCUUCUCCGUCCAGCGGGAGUCCCAGGAGGUGGCUGCCGUGUCCAGCUGGGCCGAGAUCCACGCGGCAGCCCAGCUGCUGCUGGUGCCACCUGCGCCUGAGGGGGCUGUCACCAGGAGGGUCACGGAGACCCCGUAUGGCUGGGUCUGCAGGUCUCUGCCGGUGGAGAGCGCCAUUGAUGCCAGGGACGCCCUGGCCAAGGCCCUGUAUUCCCAGCUUUUCACCUGGCUUCUGGAGAGGAGCAACGCACAGCUGGCGGUUCCUGGGGAGGGAGAGCACGUGGACACCAUCACUGUCGUGGACGUCCACGGCUUUGAGGCCCUGCGGGAGAACGGGCUGGAGCAGCUGUGCAAUAACCUUCCCAGCGAGCACCUUCGGCUCUUCUAGCUGCUGUGGGCGCAGGAGGAGGAGGCCUGUCGGCGAGAGCUGCUGGCCUGGGUGCCCCUUCCCCAGCCUGUGCGGGACACCUGUCUGGACCUCCUCGUAGACCAGCCCCACAGCCUCCUGAGGCUCCUGGAUGCCCAGACGUGGCUGCCCCAGGCCACAGACCACACCUUCCUUCAGAAGUGUCAUUACCACCACGGCAGUCACCCCUGCUACUCCAAGCCCAAGCUGCCCCUUCCUAUCUUCACCGUGAGGCAUUACGCUGGGACUGUCACCUACCAGGUUCACAAGUUUGUAAACAGAAACCGGGAUCAUCUUGACCCUGCUGCGGUGGCAAUGCUUGCCCAGAGCCAGCUCCAGCUGGUGGGCAGCCUGUUCCGGGAAGCAGAGUCCCAGUCCACGGCCAGGCCGGGCAAGCCCACACUGGCCUCUCGCUUCCAGCAUUCCCUGGAGGACCUCCUAGCCCGGCUGGGCAGGAGCCAUGUCUAUUUCAUUCAGUGCCUCAACCCCAACCCGGGAAAGCUUCCAGGCCUCUUUGAUGUGGGACACGUGGCAGAGCAGCUGCACCAGGCGGGCAUCCUGGAGGCAGUACGUACCCGCAGUGCCAACUUCCCCGUGCGCCUGCCCUUCCAGGCCUUCCUGGCCAGGUUCCGGGCUCUGGAGACGGAGGCACAGGGAGAGUCCUCUGACCGUGAGAGGUGUGGCGCCAUCCUGAGUCAGGUGCUGGGGGCCGAGUCACCCCUUCACCUCGGAGCCACCCAGGUUCUGCUGCGGGAGCCAGGCUGGCAGCAGCUGGAGCAGCACCGGGCCCGGCAAUGCUCCCAGGCCCUGCUCGCCCUGCACGGCUGCCUGGGCACCUACAUCUCCUGUCAGCGCCUCAGCCGCCUCCUCCUGCCGCGGAUGCAGGCUCGCGUUCGAGGGCUCCAGGCCAGGUCUGCAGGGGUGGGAAGCAGACGGCGGGCGGCUCUGGGACAGCUGAGCACCGUCCUGCUGGUGGCCCGGCCCCUGCUCCGGAGGCGACAGAGAUCACAGCAGCUUGGGCAUCGGCGUGGCCAACACAGUGGCCCGGCCUCCAGGACAGCACCAGGCAUGGAGCUGGGGCGCUUGGAGAUCCCGGCUGAGGUGGCCGUCUUGCUGAAGACCGCAGAAGGCCAUCACCAUGCCUUGGAUGGGAGCAUCACCGAGUCCAUGCCCCCUGAAGUUCCUGCCCUGGCCAGCCUGAGCCUCCCGCCCGACAUCGACCAGUUCCCGUUCUCCAGCUUCAUCUCUACUAACUUUCAGGAGCCGGCCCUGCCCAGCCCUGGGCAGCUGCUGGCGGAGCCCCUGACCCGGCUGCAUGGGGAGAACCCACAGCACGCGCUGGAUAUCAACAAGGUGAUGCUGCGGCUCCUGGGGGAUGGGUCCCUGCUGCCCUGGCAGGAGCAGAGCAUGGGCGAGUACCUGGUGCGGCAGGGCCAGCGCCGGCCGGGGCUGCGGGACGAGAUCUUCAGCCAGCUUGUGGCCCAGAUCUGGCACAACCCGGACGAGCAGCAGACCCAGCGCAGCUGGGCCCUCAUGGCCAUCCUGCUCAGUGCCUUUCCCCCCAUGCCCCCACUGCAGAAGCCACUGCUGAAAUUUGUGUCCGACCAGGCCCCCAGGGGCAUGGCAGCGCUGUGCCAGCACAAGCUGCUGGGGGCCCUGGAGCAGGCGCACCUGGCCCCUGGGACGGCACGGGCGCACCCCCCCACCCAGCUCGAGUGGACGGCUGGCCGGCGGCGGGGCCGCAUGGCUCUGGACAUCUUUACCUUCAAUGAGGAGUGCUACUCCGCCGAGGUGGAGUCCUGGACCACAGGGGAGCAGUUCGCCGGGUGGAUUCUGCAGAGCAGAGGACUGGAGCUGCCCCCCCGUGGCUGGUCCGUGUCACUGCACUCUGGGGACUCCUGGCAGGAUUUGGUUGGCUGUGACUUCGUGCUGGACCUCAUCGGCCAGACUGAGGACCUGGGGGACCCAGUCAGUCCCCACAGCUACCCCAUUGCCCCCCGUGGCUUAGACGAGGACAUCCCCCCUGCCCCUGGCAUCCAGGCCCCCUCACUGCCAGGUCCACCUCCAGGGCCAGCCCCCGCACUACCCAGCAGGAGCCAGUCAGGGGAGUCUCAGAACUCAGGGAACCUGGAUGGCUUCCUGGACCACCUCUUCCAGCCAGUCCUCUCUCCGGGUCACAGGGAUCUGGAGCAAGCCUGGGCUCUGAGCAGCCGCAUGAAGGGAGGGGGCGCUGUGGGGCCCAUGCAGCAAGGCAGCUACCCCAUGGUUUACCCAGGGAUGAUGCAGAUGCCUGGAUACCAGCCGGCCAUGGUGCCUCCCCCUGUGCCCAUGAUUCCAGCAAUGGGCGCAGUCCCUGCCAUGCCAGCCAUGGUGAUGCCGCCGCAGCUGCCACCGGCACCGCAUCCCCUGCUUCCCAGUGUGGACCCGAGGCAGCUGGCCGCCCAGCAGCAGAGCUUCAUCAACCAGCAGGCGCUCCUCCUGGCCCAGCAGAUGACCACCCAGGCUAUGACCUUGUCGCUGGAGCAGCAGACACAGGGGCACCGGCGCCAGACUCAGCCUCAGGCCCAGGCCCCUGGAGCUGCUUCCCCGACCUCACCCCCACCCGUCGCCCCCAAGCCCAAGAAGCCCCUGGCCCUGUGGCGGGAGCCAGAGCAGGAGCUGGAAUCGGAGACCUCACAGGAGCCCCUAGAGAAGCCCCAGCGGCCCAAGAGCUUCAAGCAGAAACAGGACUAUUUCCAGAAGAUGGGGCAGCAGCAGAUCACGGUGAAGACAGCGAAGCCUCCACCCAAGGUGCAGAUCUCCCAGGACGAGGAGCAGGACGAGGAGAAACCAAGAGUGCCCUCGCCCCCUCCUCCCCCCGUAGUGACGAGUCCCCCGACACAAGGUAGGGCCAAAGCUGCGCAAGAGGUGGAGGCCAAACCGGUGGCCCGGGGGGCAGGGCCCAGUGGUUGCCCUGCACCAGUGCCCCACCAGCCGGCCGAGCCGAGCCGGGAGAUCCGGAACAUUAUCCGCAUGUACCAGAGCCGCCCGGGCCCCGUGCCCAUGCCCGUGCAGCCGACCAGGAAGCCCCCGAAAAACUUCCUGAAGAAAAACAACCCCAAGGACGAGGCUCUGGCUAAGUUGGGGAUCAGCGACGCCCACGCACCUGCGUUGACACCGUCCCCCAGCCCGGGGAAGGGCCCCGCACCAGCCGUGGCCCCUCGACCCAAGUUCCCACCACAGUUCGGGCCCUCCAGCUCCAUCAAGGACAGCCAGGGUCUCUCUGACGAGACUCCACCUGCCCCCCAGUCACCCUCACCUCCACCAGCACCCCCGCUGCCUCCACCUGAGGAACCAGACAGCCCUUCAGCUGGGCCCCGCAGCCGGAUGGAGCCCAUGGAGGACCAGGGAGUUUCCACGCAGCUGCUCGUGCCCUCCGGCAGUGUGUGCUUCUCUUACCUCAACCCCUCCUGGAGGUUGUUCCUGCGCAAGGAGGUGUUCUACCCCCGGGAGAACUUCAGCCACUCCUACUGCCUCAGGCUCCUCUGUGAGCAGAUCCUAAAGGACACCUUUGCCGAGUCCUGCAUCCGAAUAUCCCAGGAGGAGCGGAGCAAAAUGAAGGAGCUGCUGGGAGACCUGGAGGUCGGCCUGGAGUCGCUCAGCACCACCGAGGACAGUGUCAAGAAGCGCAUCGUGGUGGCCGCGAGGGACAAAUGGGCCAAUUACUUCUCCCGAAUCUUCCCUGUCUCGGGCGAGAGUGGCAGUGACGUGCAGCUUCUGGGCGUGUCCCACCGGGGGCUGAGACUGCUCAAGAUGACCAAAGGCCCCGGCCUCCACCCCAGCCAGCUGAAGACUCUGUGCUCAUACAGCUUCGCUGAGCUGCUGGGCGUGGAGUGCCUGGGCCGCUGCACCCUGGAGCUGACCCUGAAGAGCGAGCAGCUGGUCUUGCGCGCGGCCCGAGCGAGGGCCAUCAAGGCCAUGAUCGAGCUUUUCCUGAGUGAGCUCAAGAAGGACUCCGGCUACGUCAUCGCCCUGCGAAGCUACAUCACGGAUGACCACAGCCUCCUCAGCUUCCACCGUGGGGACCUCAUCAAGCUGCUGCCGGUGGCCACGCUGGAGCCCGGCUGGCAGUUUGGCUCCACCGGGGGCCGUUCCGGACUCCUUCCUGCCAACAUAGUCCAGCCGGCUGCCGCCCCAGACUCUUCCUUCUCACCAGAGAGGAGUGGCCAGCGCAAGAGUCGGCUGUGGCCCCGAGAGCCGGGGCUGGCUCAGUGGGAGAGGGCAGCGGAGCACCAUGCCCGCCCCCGGAGCCAAGCACGCAGCAAUGACUCUGUAGCCUACAUCUCUCUGUCCGUGGACGCCCACACCUACACCAUGCAGGAAUUUGCCCUGUACUACUUCCGGAAGCCCCAGACCUUGCCAGACCAUACCCAUGGAGAUGCUGAGGAGGAGGCCAUGGCCAGCCUGGUGCAGUACACCAAGGCUCCCAUACAAGAAUCACUUAUCAGCCUCAGCGAUGAGGACGCCAACAGGCAGGCUGUGGAAAUCUUCCAGACUCUGAUGCGGUUCAUGGGGGACCUGUCUAAGCCCCGGGGCAAGAACGAGAUGGAGCUCCUUUACGACCUGCUGAGGCUAUGCCGGGAGAACAAGAGCCUCAGGGAUGAGAUUUAUUGCCAAGUCAUCAAGCAGGUGACCAGACAUCCUGAGCCGGAACAUUGUGUCCGCGGCUGGAGCUUCCUCAGCCUCCUGACCGGCUUCUUCCCCCCGUCAGCCACGCUGAUGCCCUACGUGACCAAGUUUCUGCAGGACUCGGGCCCGAGCCAAGAGCUGGCCCGGAGAAGCCAAGAGCACCUCCAGCGCACAGUCAAAUACGGGGGCCGCUCGCGGCUGCCCUCCCCGGGCGAGACUCAGGCUCUCCUGAGAGGGCAGGAGGUCCGCUCGCUUCUAAUCCACCUGCCAGGGGGUAUGGACUACAAAACCAGCAUCCGGACUUUCACGGUGGCGGCGGAAGUGCUGGAGGACCUGUGUCAGCACAUGGGCAUCACAGACCCGCAGGAGGUGCAGGAAUUUGCCCUCUUCCUCAUCAAAAGGGAAGGCGAGCUGGUGCGGCCCCUGUGGCCCCAUGAGUACCUCAACAGCGUGGUCGAUCAGGACGUGAGCCUGCACAGCCGGCGGCUCAGCUGGAAGACCCCGCUGCACUUCGAUAAUCCCACCUACACCACCACCCACUACAUGCAGGUGCUGCGGGACUACCUGCAGGGGAAGCUGCUGGUGAGCCCCCAGGCCAGUGCUCAGCUUGCCAGGCUGGCCGCCCUGCAGCACUGCAGCAUGGCCCAAGGGGACCACCUGGCGGAGCGAGACCUGCUGGACUACUUGCCAAAGCCGCUGCGGUCGCAAGUGAAUGCGUCCACCGUGAAGAACCUGAUGUAUCAGGAGCUGAGGCAGCUGCGAGGCUGCAGCUCCCAAGAAGCCCAGAUCAGCUUCAUUGAGGCUGUGAGCUGCCUGCCCCUGUUUGGCUACACUGUCUAUGUGGUGCUGCGGGUGAGUCAACUGGCCCUGCCUGGACCCAGCCUCCUGGGCUUGAACCGCCAGCAUCUCAUCCUCCUGGACCCCUUCAACCAGAAACUGUGCUGCUCCAUCGCCCUGAAGGACCUGCACCAGCUCCACCUGCUGAGCCCCCUGGAGAAGGGGGCCCCUGGCCUGGAGCUCAACUACGGCUCUGCCCACAGCCCCCGGACCAUCUGGUUUGAGCUGCCGAAAGCCCAGGAGCUGAAGGACACCAUCGCCUUCCUGAGGGACAGCAGCCUUGCUCCCAACUAGUGGCAAGCCUCACCCAAGAGGGAUGGGGGAGGGAGGAGAUGAGGAAGGGGCCCCUCCCACAUCCCGGUCCGACUGGGAAGGUCUCCCUUGGUGCUGUCAGGCCAUUUCGGUUGGGACUUUCCCACUUGACUGUUCUGGAACCUGCCACAGCACAGCGCUGCUGGCCACAGUGGAGGCCACGGGACAGGAGCCGCUGCAGUCAUAUCAACCGAGAAGGACAACACAGGACUCCCCCGGGGCAGGGGCCGGAGUGCGGGCUGCAGGAACGGGCUUGGGCAUGUGAUGCUGCCCAGGCUGGGCGAGGGGGAUAUCCAGCUGGCCCCAGGCCCGGGCCCAGCAUCAGCACGAACCACAUAAGCCUGGGGGAAGCAAACGGUGAGAAAAUAAAACUCUCAAGAGAAAAAGGC